CCAGCCGCAGACGAGCCGGCGUUGCUACAGCAAGAUGGUUGCGCUCCUCCGCCCGCUCUCGUCCGCCGCUGCGACGACCCUCCUCCUCGCCCCCGCCACGCCACUCACCGGCUCCGCAGUCGCCGCUAGCGCUAUCAUCGGCAGGCGGUGGAGAAGCGUGAGGACGAACGCGGGCGGUGGGAACUGGCUGUCCGGGCUGCUGGGCGGCAAGGGCGGCGGCGCGCCCACGGCGAUAACGGUGACGCCGGGGACCGUGAAGGCUGGAGACCCCGUGCUGCACGAGCCAGCGCAGGAGGUGGCGCCCGGGGACGUCCCCUCUGAGAAGGUCCAGGGCGUCAUCGACCGGAUGAUCGACGUCAUGCGCAAGGCCCCCGGCGUCGGCCUCGCCGCCCCGCAGAUCGGGGUCCCACUCAGGGUACGUGCGACCAAUAACACGGCUAUUAUUGUUCUGGAGGACACCCAAGAGUACAUCGGCUAUGCACCCAAGAAGGAUAUUGAAGCGCAGGAUCGCCGUCCCUUUGAUCUUCUUGUUAUUAUCAAUCCCAAGCUAAAGAAGACAAGUAAAAGAACAGCAUUUUUCUUCGAGGGAUGUCUGAGUGUUGAUGGAUACAGGGCGGUCGUCGAGCGACAUCUAGAUGUUGAGGUUUCAGGUUUGGACCGAAAUGGGAGCCCCAUUAAGAUACAGACUUCAGGAUGGCAAGCACGCAUCCUGCAGCACGAAUGUGAUCAUCUUGAAGGCACACUGUAUGUUGACAAGAUGGUCCCGAGGACAUUCAGGAUUGUUGAUAACUUGGAUCUACCACUUCCCAUUGGAUGUCCUCCGCUAGGUGCAAGAUAAUGUGGAUAGCUUGCAAUUUUUGUCAUCAAAUAGAGGCGUUUAGAAGGCUCCAUACAAUCAGGACAACAGAGUGAUCAUGUUCAUUCAAUCCUUCUCACUAGGAAAGGUGACAUGGAAGGCUAUGGAAUUCUGGGCCACAGUUUUGGAGGUGCACUAAUUUGCAGGUCAUGAUA